AAAUAGAAUGGAGAAAUUAUAUUUUCGAUGUUGGUAACUCCCUUGACUCAAAAUAGAGAAUUUCUUUUUCUUCAGUUUGGUAGCUCUGAAAUCGGAGUUUCACGUUUUCACUUCGAGAGGUCUUCAAGGUCAACAUAUGAAUUCGAACUCCGAAUUUUUCGAAGUUGGCUUUCACUUCUGCUGUUCGACCAUCAGACAUUUGGGAACAUGAGGAACAGCUGACGAAAAUAUGUCACUCACCAGGUGUUCAUAACUGUAAAUAAUAGAACGCAUCGAAUGUAUCAUGAAUAAGAAUAAAGUAAACAAAUGGUUGAGCAUAAAAACAUUUAUUUAUUGCUGUCGAAUUUCUUCGAUUUACCUGUGAAAACCGUUCGUUCUAAAAUUGUAUAAACUCUUCGACGAUGGAAGAAGAGCCCGAAGUGGUGGAGCAUUUCUUCGGCGUGUAUCUACUCUACUGUUUGAAUCCAAAAUACAAAGGAAGAACGUACAUAGGUUACACUGUGAAUCCAAGACGCAGGAUCAAGCAACACAAUGCUGGUAAAAAACACGGUGGAGCCUGGAGAACUAGCAACAAGGGACCAUGGAAUAUGGUCUUGAUUGUUCACGGAUUUCCCAACAAUACUUCUGCGCUCAGAUUCGAAUGGGCUUGGCAGCAUCCGCACGAGAGCAGACGGCUUAAGCACAUACCAAAGAAGAAAUCGUCGCAGAAGAGGUUCGACUUCUGCUUAACGGUUCUUUCCGAAAUGUUGAAAGUUGGACCCUGGUGUCGUUUGCCGUUAACGGUUCGUUGGUUGGAUUACGAAUUCUCCAAAGACUUUCACGGAUGCAUAUCGCCGCCACUGCACAUGCCUAUAUGCUACGGUAAAGUCACCAGUUGCAAGAACAAGCGAACGCAGAGAUCGAAAGCCGACGAUAUCGUUUCGAAGGAAUUGCGCGGGGAAGAUUCGCUGAUGUUCUGUUCUCUCUGCGGCUCGAUUAUGACGGAAAGGGAUUCUGUCUCCUGCGUGCAACCGAAAUGUCUCUUGAUCGCGCAUUUGAUCUGUCUGGCGAAAAUGUUUUGCAAGAAUGAAACGAUGAUUCUACCGAUCGAAGGUAGUUGUCCCGCGUGCAGAACGAACGUCCUCUGGGGAGAUCUUGUAAGAAAAAAGAACGGGUGCUAUCAAACUCUUCGAGAGACUUCCACCGAUUCCUCUUCCAGCGAUAGUGACGAUAUAUUAUAAAUAUCUCGUAGUUUAGUCGAAGUUCAUCUAACUGUAAAUAGAAUAUGUACAUUGAGGAUUGUCAUUCAGUUUUUCUUGUGGUAAAAUAGUAUCCUAGAACAAUCGCUAUAUUUUGUGAUAUAUUUACAUCUUAUCACAGUGGAGUUUGUUUAAUACGAGGAUAACGCGAAAUUACAUGUAAUAUUAUUUGUAUUUUUAUAAUUAUAAUUUAUAUAUGCACAGUUUACAAGCAGAAUUUGUGUUCUUGUUGCACAUCAAAUUCUUUCUCUAUUCUCUCCCUAUUUUGAACAAUGAAGAAAGUAUAUAAAUUUUAAUACAUCUAUUCAAAUUUUUUAUUCUAUACUAGAGAAAAAAUUACGAUGAGAUUUCGGAGAGAAAAAUUUUGUUUUUUUAUUUAAUUUUUGUCUUUUCUCUACUUCAUUUUGUUUUACAAUUGCUCGUUUUAAACUAUUACAAGGUUUGCGAGGUCGAUGAUCUUACGAUCGACGAUGCAAACGGUAGAUGCGCGUGUGACGACAUUAAUUCGUGAUACGUUUUGACACGUGAAACGUUAACUGUUACACAGCAACAGUGCGUCCAUGAUUUCUAUUCGGUGGACAUUGGUUUACUGUGCAAUUAGCACGCGCCGAGCCGAAACCGUUAGUAGAACUCGUACGUGAUCAAACAGCGCCAUUCACGUCGAAAUACUUGAGGUGUACGCCAGUGGUAACAUAAUCGUUUUUUUUUUUUUUUAAUUUAUAAGCCAUAUGUUGAUUUCCUCGACUAGCCAUUAGUACGUACAUCUCGCGCGUAAAUUAUUAUUGUGUACGUGUUUUUAUCUUUAUAAUUACUCAUAAUUACUGCAAUUUGCUAUAUAAUUACAUAAUACAAAUCAGCGUAAGAAAUGAACAAAGAUCUUUCGAUUCGUUGGUUUUGUAGAAGCGAAAAAAUGAUAAACAACAAUUAAAUUACGCGCUAACAUCAUUAAAUAUACGCGAUGUUAAUAAAAAAUACGUGUUGAAACAAUAAACAAAAAUAUAAAAAUUUACACCAGAGAGAAUUUCGACAUUUUUUUAUAAUAUAUACUCCAAAUAUGUACUUUAAAAAUUGUUUUCGUCAAAACUAUUAUUGAUAUUACCAAUAAACAUAAAGUGCGCUUAAAUCUUCGUACGCUUCGCCUUUUCGCAUACAAGACUUGUACGCAUUUUAUAAACUAAAAUAAAUUAGUUCUUAAAAACUAGAAUAAAUAAAUAAAUUAAAAAAACUUUGUAUGUGUUUCAUACAUUAGAAUUUCCGCGCUUUCUGAUUCACCGCAAUUCACAUAUAGAUAUACAGAAAUAUAUAUAUAAAUAUCCAGAAAAAGAGAGAGAAAUAUCGUCUGUAUAUACUAUACGUAUAUAGGUAAAUAAAUCUCCACGCGGAUUUAUGUUCUCUCGCGUGGUAAUUUUAUACAAGCUGUCUCACGCUUUUAAUAUCUGCUUUUAUUGCGAUUUAAUUUCACACACGUGUGCCCUGUCAAAAUAAAUUAAAUAAACGCGAUGAUGCGAUUUCUUCGAGAGAUUAGCAAGUCUUCGCCGCGCGAGAUCUCUUUCAAAGAAAUACAAAACCACCAAAUUUGUUAUUUAUGCGAAAGAGAUUUCCAUUGCGAUUAAGAUGUAGAUACCAAUUUCAGUGGACCAGAACCGACGGAAUUGAUGGUUACGUUCGCUCGAUACGGGAUAAACAGAAAGCGGAAACGAACGAUUUGCUGGCCAUAUCUUCACCCGUGGUAACCGGUGCGCAUCCAUUAGUAGCUCUACCGAAAUUACAACGGAUAACGGUACGGAAAACCUCACUUAAAAAGAGCAAGAUAUAGACGUAGUCUCGCGGUUGAGAGUCAAUAUAAUCCGGCUAUCGCGCUAAAAGAACAAUUUUCAAGUUUUUUUGUGCGAGUAUAUUCCAAUAUUAUUCCAAAACAUAUAUCAAAUUGUACACGUAAAAAUCUAUCUUCAAUUUUUCCGCUCUAAUAAUAACAAUUUUAACAAUCAUUGCGUGUUUUUUGAUACUUUUUUUUUUUAAAAAAACAAACUUCUCAUUUUGCGUUGUAUUUAAAAUCCAACUCGAUACAAAGUGUUAUUAUUUACUGAUAGGAAUAAAAUAAUUGGAACAUACAUAGCAGCUCGUCUCUCUCUCUCUCUCUCUCUCUCUCUCUCUUGCAACGAACGUAUAUAAUCAUCUAACGUAUCUAUAUUUACGUAUUUAAUUAUUAUAUUUUGUUCGCGUUUAUGUUCGCGUUUCCUUUUAUUGAUCCAGUUUUCCGAGAUAGCGAAGAAACUGGAUGUUCUCUCUUCAUGCGAAUCGCGAACAUUUUUU